AUGGCAGAGUCUAUCCUCACGAGCCCUGGGCCGCAUGCUCUCAAAGCCAGGGAUGAGCAAGAAAAGUCCCCGAGCCAUCUUGGUGAAGUUGAAACCAUUCGAAAUGAUAGCUCCGACCCCGAAAGAAACGAAGAUACUUACCGUGGUUUCAAGCCUCAACACUCUCAGAUGAUAGCCAUGGGGGGUGCUAUUGGAACUUCACUGUUCCUAGGAACUGCCCAGGUUCUUCGCAUUGGCGGUCCUCUGUUCCUCCUGAUUUCAAAUGGAGUUCUGUCUAUACUUAUCUACUGCAUCGUCACUAGAAUUGCCGAGAUUGCAAAUUAUCUCCCUGUUCCGGGAGGCACUAUGGCCUACUACGGACACAAAUAUGUGUCUCGCAGCCUGGGAUUUGCAAUGGGAUGCCUCUACUGGUACUCACUUGGCAUCUUGAUCCCCUACGAAUUCGUCGCGUCUAUGCUUCUCAUCAACUAUUGGGGCACUACGGUUAAUGGCGCCGUGUGGAUCACCAUCAUAUAUGUUAUCAUAGUCAUUGUUAACCUCUUCCCGGUUAGAGUCUUUGGAGAGUGCGAGUUUUGGAGCGUAGGCAUGAAAGUUCUCCUCAUCUUGGGCCUCAUCUUUCUCUCCGUUGUGCUGUUUUUUGGGGGAGGCCCUGAUAAAGAUGCGCUCUACUUUCGAUACUGGAAAGACCCUGCGGGCGAGAUGCAAUCGCCACGCUACAACCUCCCUCGAGCCGCUCGACGACACAUUUGGCGCCUGGUCGUUCUUUUCAUGCCCUCCGUCCUCGGAAUUGGUGUAGUCUGCUCACCAAAUGAUCCCCGACUCACAGCACCUGGGACUGCGCGCUCACCUUUCAUUAUUGCCAUCAAGAACGCCGGCAUCCCAGUCCUGGAUAGCAUCGUCAAUGCACUGAUCCUCCUUUCAGCGAUCACGGCUGCGAACGCAUUCCUCUACUCUGCCUCUCGAAAUCUUUAUUCGCUUGCCAAGGCCGGAAAUGCGCCAGCAAAUAUUCAAGAGAUGCAAUAG